AAACGUGUUGUGUUUACUUCUACAUGACUCCAUGCAAGUUGAUAAUUUGAAGAGAGUUAAAUUGGGUCUUUCCAUAUCUAACAAUGAAAUAGAGGAACAAAUAAAUAAUUUGAAGAGAGAUGAAUUGGCUCUUUCCAUAUCUAACAAUGAAAUAGAGAAACAAAUAAAUAAUUUGAAGAGAGAUGAAUUGGCUCUUUCCAGAAUUAACAAAGAAAUAAAUAAGCUAACAACUGCAGUUGUCGAGGAGUUAUCACUUGAUCGUGGAACAAUCACUGAAUGUAUGUGUAUGAUAUACUAGUAUUUUAAUAACCUUGAUGAAUUGUAGAUGUGAACUGCUUGAAAUUAAUGAUGAUAGAGCAGUCAGCGUUUGAUUUUAAAGAAGAGUUUGAGAGCAUAAUAUCCGACAUAAAUUCAUUUGAUAUAAAGGUGUCCGAAUCUUCCAUUCUACAAGAGUGUCUGAACACAGAAAUGACCAAUUAUAGAGUGUUAACAGCUGAAACUUGUGUAAUACCUGAACCAAAAACUCACGAAGACAUUUCCCGCCUAUUUACAUUGGCUGAAGAGAAAUACGAAAUUGUAAUUAAUUACAAUAAACAUUUAUUGAAAUAUCGUCUUCUAACAAAUAUUGUCAAUGAAGUUAUCCGACGAAACACAAAAAAGUGAAUCUCUAGAUGAUGGUCGAAAGUUGUCGAAGUCACGUUUCAAAAUGAUGAUGAUAAUCAUUGUGAAUUAUUUAGUUAGUUUCGUUCGGAAAUCUUUGCGAUAACUGAUUUAACAAGUGUUCUAUUGCUCUUCUUCUUCUUCUUCUUGUUCUUUGAGUCGUUCUAAUGUUGAUAUGUUGCACUUACAAGCAAGUAAAAUUUCGAGAAUACUGCAAUAAUACUGUAACCUUAUUUUGAUGCACUCGAUUACCAAGCACAUUAUUAUGCAAUCAUUUGCUUGCUCUUCAAUAGUCCACUUUAUUUGUUCAAUUAUCACAAUUGUGCUUUUACACCUUGCUUGAAUGAAUACAAAUUUUUCUGUCG